CCUAACCAUUUCCCUAAUUUUAAUUUCUAAUUCCUAACCCGAAGCAAACAUCCCGACAACGACUCCUCGGUACCCUUCUUUCGUCGACUAGGGUUGAGUCGCGAGGUCGGCAAGAUGCUAUCCGGCAUCCUAAUAUUCAACCAAAAGGGCGAGAACCUCAUCUUCCGAGCUUUUCGAAAUGAUUGCCGGCCUCGUCUCGCCGACGUCUUUCGAAUUCAAGUCAUCUCGAAUCCUCAAGUUCGAUCACCUAUCCUCACCCUCGGUAGCACCACCUUUAGUCAUGUUAAGCACGAGAAUAUCUAUUUAGUCGCUAUCACCAAGAGCAAUGCCAAUGCCGCCCUCGUCUUUGAGUUCCUCUACCGGCUGAUCCAGCUUGGUAGGGGAUACUUCGGUAAAUUCGAUGAAGAAGCCGUUAAGAACAACUUUGUACUGGUUUAUGAGCUAUUAGAUGAGAUCAUCGACUUUGGAUAUCCCCAGAACACCGAAACCGAUACCCUCAAGAUGUACAUCACCACCGAAGGUGUCAAGUCCGAACGCGCCGCCGAGAAUUCUGCCAAGAUUACUAUGCAAGCUACCGGGGCUCUAUCGUGGAGAAAAGCGGAUGUUAAAUAUAGGAAAAACGAAGCUUUCGUCGACGUAAUAGAGGAUGUGAACCUUCUGAUGUCUGCCACCGGAACCGUUCUUCGCGCCGAUGUUACGGGUCAGAUUAUCAUGCGCGCGUAUCUCUCAGGCACACCCGAAUGCAAAUUCGGACUCAACGACCGACUUCUCUUAGAUCAUGACGGACUUCAGUCACUGCCAAGUGGAAACAGGCUUGGAACCAAAGCUACUAAGGCUGCCGCCGGAAGUGUUACCCUUGAGGACUGUCAAUUCCAUCAAUGCGUGAAGCUCGGCAAAUUCGACUCAGACCGUAUCAUCUCAUUCAUCCCACCCGACGGAGAGUUCGAACUCAUGCGAUAUCGAGCGACCGAAAACGUCAAUCUACCCUUCAAGGUGCACGCCAUCGUUAAUGAAGUUGGCAAGACCAAAGUAGAGUAUAGUAUUGGCGUUAAGGCAAACUUCGGCAGCAAGCUCUUUGCUACCAACGUUGUUGUUCGCAUCCCGACUCCCCUCAACACCGCUCGCAUCACGGAACGUUGUACGCAGGGAAAAGCCAAAUACGAGCCAAGUGAGAAUAACAUCGUUUGGAAGAUCGGUCGGUUUACUGGACAGAGCGAGUUUGUUCUAAGCGCUGAAGCAGAGCUCACGAGCAUGACGAACCAGAAGGCCUGGUCGCGUCCACCCCUCAGUUUGAACUUCAGUCUUCUCAUGUUCACCAGUUCCGGUCUACUAGUGCGAUACCUAAAGGUCUUUGAGAAGAGCAACUAUUCCAGUGUUAAAUGGGUUCGAUAUAUGACAAGAGCAGGUUCCUACGAAAUCCGGUAAGUUCUUUAGUCGAUAUUUUACCUCCGGAACCUCGUACAGAUGCUAAUUGGCAAAGAUUCUGAUCGAGACAAAUGCGACGAAAGCGUUUGAACCCAUCUCGGGCGCAUAUCGCGAACUCUGAUAUGACCAGUCUCAUAACGACGCGCCCUUCUGUAUUCAUGGCAUCGUCUUGGACCGGUCACGGUCAAUUCAUCAAUCGACAUCCCGAGAUAUCAAUGAUGCCAAGGCACAGCCUAUUAUCCUACUGUGACGGAUAUUAGUAAACGCACUGUUAGGUUCAGGGAUUGGGUUCGAGCCCCUAUUUGAAUCCGGCCGUAAUGACUAUAAAGGUUGAAAUCAAAGAGUCACCGGAGAUGCAAUAGCAAUGAU